AUGGACAUGAUGUCGGUUGCGCUCGGCACCGGUGCCUUCAACCCCAACCUACCCUCCGCGUCUGGUUCCGACCUGCAUUCCACGCAUUCCGCCAUUAGUUCAACCGGCCCGACGACAUGGGCCGCGACAUCCACCUCCUCCCUCACCUCCCUCAAUGACUACACCAACUAUCCCCUGAUCCGGCAAGGCGACCGCACCUAUCUCCGAGACCCGGAGAACAACUACCCGCUACCGUGCGACCUCUCCGAGAUUCAUCGCCAGAUACUGCGCUCGCUGAUGCUCAUUCGCGUGUUCGGUGGCCCCUUCUGCAACCCGUACCUCGCACAGCGACCUCCGAAGCGAGUCCUAGAAAUAGCUUGCGGGUCCGGUCUUUGGUCGGGCAUGUGCAACGAUCACUUUGCUCGCGCCGGGCAUCGUGAUGUCGCUUUCUAUGGUAUUGAUCUUGUCGCCAUCGCACCGGACCUCCGCAAGAAUGGUGUGAAUUGGCACUUUAAGCGACACGACCUCCGAAAACCGCGCAUACCGUUUCCCGAUGACUAUUUCGAUUUUGUGUUCAUAAAAGAUGCUGCGAUGUGUCCUUUGAGCCCGGCCCAACAGGCGCAGGGUCUGGUAGAGCCGUUGCGAGUGCUAAAGUCUGGCGGAGUUCUGGAAGUCUGGGAUUCGGACUCUGUUUUUCGUUCGCUGCUUCCCAACCCUGCGCCCGCGCGCAAGUUAGCUUCGAGGGAACAAGAGACGGCGGAUGCGACUGCAACAUACACUUUUUCGUCUGCGACUCCGUUCACAAAUGCGCAGAACAAGUUUCUGCAAAACUACAACUCCUGGCUAGAAAAGGCCUUUGACAAUCGGAAAUUGACGUCACUACCCUGUGCCACGAUCGGUCUCGCGUUUAACUCCGAGGUCGAUGUUUUAGAGAAGGUUGAUAGCCGGCGGAUUGCGAUCCCACUGGGUGAACCGCGCUGGGAACGAGAAGGAGGAAAGGACGGCAGCGGUCCCCGCAAACAACUGACAGCAGAUCAGUUGUCCAUCCGCCGCACCGCCUUAUUGACGGUCAUCCAGAUGAUCGAGGGCCUGGAGACGAUCCUCAUGGAAGCCAGCGGCAAGAGCAGGGAUGAAUGGGAUCGAUGGUGGACAGCCAUGAUGAGCGACCUGUUUCAGAAAGGAGGCCUCGCCAACGGAGAGUGCCUAGAAGUAAGUGCAUGGUGGGGCGUCAAGAGAUAG